CGCAAUUGCAGAAACAAUUCCUAGAGAGAGCAUUCUGCAUUCAUCCACGGAAAUUAUUCUUUUCUCUCUUGAAUCGAUUUUCCGAUCACCGAAUUUCGAGAUGGGGGCUGUCAACUCUGAACUAGAAGACCUAUUCCAGGAUAAAAAGCGUGUCAGGAAUCCCUUUGUCCCCAUGGGUGCUUUUAUAACAGCAGGGGUGCUCACAGCAGGUCUAAUUAGUUUCAGAAGGGGAAAUUCUCAAUUGGGUCAGAAACUAAUGCGGGCUCGUGUGGUUGUUCAAGGUGCUACUGUUGCUCUAAUGGUUGGGACAGCUUAUUACUAUGGUGAAAAAUUUUGAGGAGUCCUAACUGGAUAUUGCUGCUGCAUUAGCUUUUGUCAUUCCAUUCCUCAUUCUGUGUUAGAGAAAUACGGCAUGAUUCAGAACUUUAUUGCAUAGUUUAUGAACUAUGUAUACUUCUUUGAAAAAAUAUGUAGAGCGUCAAAUACAACCCAUCUAAUGUGAAUUGUGCUGUCGUGGGUUGCGAUUGUUUGUUUUAAGUGACAGUGAUUUUGAUUAGUUGAACAUCUGCUGAUCUUUUCCGUAUGCUCGCACCCUUUACUUGGUUUUCCUCCUGAUCAAAUAAACUGGGGACUGUUUAAACGUAAUCAUUAUUGAUCCUCUUUA